GUAUCUGAUAUUAUUGAGUAACUAAGCUCAUCUGCUUCGGUAUCUUUACGACUAUCAAUCGUCCCGAAGAUAUAAAGGUCACGUCGAAAAAUUUAUGCUCAGUUUUACAGUAGCUUUUCAGCGAGAAACGCGACAAAAUGAAUAUUUCAUUUGAGGGUAAACGCAUCCUGGUCACCGGAGCUGGACAAGGUAUAGGAAGAGCGCUCGCUUUGCGACUAUCAAAAUUCGGUGGCAAAGUGAUAGCGAUUUCGCGUACCAAGAAGCACCUUGAUACUUUGGCGGCUGAGGAUUCAAGUAUCGAGACAAUUCAAGCAAAUUUAGAAAACUGGGACUCAACGAGAGACACCGUAAAAAAAUUAUUGCCGAUCGAUCUUUUGGUCAACAACGCAGCUGUCGCGAAACUUGAAUCAUUUCUUGAUAUAGAUCCAGAAAAUUUUGACGCAACGUUCAACGUAAAUUUAAAAUCGGUCAUAAACGUAUCGCAAAUAGUUUCCAAGAAUAUGAUUGAUCGGGGCAAAGGUGGAAGUAUCGUUAACGUUUCAUCCCAGGCGAGUCAAGCAGCAUUGAAAGACCACGCCGUUUACUGCGCUUCCAAAGCAGCUCUGGAUCAGCUAACAAGGGUAAUGGCUCUUGAACUCGGGCCUCAUAAUAUAAGGACGAAUACAGUAAAUCCGACCGUCGUGAUGACCGAAAUGGGUCGUCUCGGAUGGAGUGAUCCAGAAAAAGCAGCUUCCAUGAAAGGGAAAAUUCCUCUUGGCCGCUUUGCUGAGGUUGACGAGGUCGUUGAUUCUAUAGUUUACCUAUUAAGUGAUCACAGCUCCAUGGUGAACGGUAUCACCUUACCAAUCGACGGAGGUUUCCUGGCUCAAUAAGAGGAAAAAAGAAACUUCCAUUUUUUCUUCUUUUUCUAUACAAAUUUUCUACAAAAAGUUAUACAAAUAGUUUCUAACGAUAUAUUACUUGUUUUCAAAACGUAUUAUAUUACACAAAUAUCGUUAGUCAACGCCGAUUAUAUACUUACAUAGUAUAUAGAUACAUACAUAUAUAUUUUUAAUAACAAUACAUGUAGUUAAAUAAAAAAAUAAAUCAAAAAAAGUUGGGAUUAACAAAAAA